AUGGCGGCCUCCUCCUCUACAGCGGGCGCAGGGGAAGUCCAAGCGACGUAUCUGACACCCACCAAGAAAGCCGCUUUUGCCAAUGCAGAAGCGGGUCCAAGUCGAGCUCGGCCCGCGGGGGCCUCGCCCGCCUAUAGCUCCCGAAGACACUCACUGCCAGGGAGCAGGUGCUGGAAAGUCGGUCUCUCUGGCGAGGUAGAUCCGAGGGCGGUCUUUGACGCGGGUGGGGAUGGCUAUGGGGAUCGGGAGGGUAUGGAGAUAUGGGAUCUGGGGCUGGAUCAAGUCGAAGCAGCUCGAGGGAGUAAGGCGGAGGCGAGGCGCCUAAUUCGGGUCAGGGUAUUGAAGCAGAUCAGAGCAAUUUAUACCAAACAUAUCAUGACGGACCCAAAAGCUCGCAAGGUCAUUGUCGUAGAGAAUACCUACCUGCCUUCCUACGUCAAGGAUGAGAUUGCUAAAUCUCUCUUCGACAACCUGAAGGUACCCUCCGUCUCCUUCACUCCAGCCAGUGUCCUUGCUCUAGCUGCAUGUGGGAGGAUCACUGGUCUGGUUAUGGACAUCGGCUGGCUCGAGACAACGAUCACCCCCGUUCACCACUCUAGACCUCUCUUCCAUCUCGCUCGCUGUUCCCCUCUCGCUGGACGACGGCUCCAUCGCCGAUUCAAAGCCCUGUUCCGGCAUCACGCUCGUUACUAUCCCCCACCCACGUCCUUCUCCUAUCUCACCCGGCAGGCUAUCCAGCCCGUUCCGGCUGAGAUCAUCACGAACGAUCUCGUCCAGCGAAUCAUGCAACAGGCCUGCUUCGUCUCUACCCCAUCUGGUCCCGCGGCCGAGGUUGAGCGUACGGAGGAUCAGCCCAUGCCGGCGGAUCUGGACGAGCUGGACGAUGCCGACCUGAUGGACCGCCUACGAGGUCGGUACGCCCCCGGAGCGGACGCGACAGACGUCCGGAUCAGUACAACCCCUCUCCCGCACGAGACGCAGGGUAUGGGUCCGGCAACGCUAGUCGUUCCUGGCUGGAUCAGGGAGCGGGCGGCCGAGGUCCUGUUCGACGACGAAGAAGGGGAGGCGGUGAGCAUACCGGAGCUGGUCCUACAGUGUAUAUCAAAGCUCCCAGUUGAUCUUCGACCCAUCAUGAUCUCCACCAUUCUCGUUGUGGGCGGUACAGCCUCCCUACCCGGCUUCAUCCCCCGCCUGCAUACCUCCCUUCUCCGCUCCCUUCGCCCUCCCUCUUCCUCUCUACAUGACAACGAGAACCCGGCGCCGCUACAUACGCCUCAACACCGAACGGCGGAAACCCAGGCUUGGCGGAAACGACAUCUCGAGCCAUACAAAGAGCUCUAUCCCCUCAGUCCCAAACUGGCUAUCCUAAACGACCCAUCCCCGCUCGAUGGUGAGGGCGGGAGCAAGGGCGGGAGCGCGCCGAGGUGGAGACCGGGGCUGAUGAGCUGGGUAGGCGGGAGUCUUGCUGGAGCAUUAAAGACUGGGGGCCCAGAGAUGUUGCGAGAAGAAUACGACGCCCUCGUUCUGGCGCAUGCGGAGAAGGGAGAAGCGUACCGAUAUCGGCUCGCCGGGGAGGAUGCCUUCUUUGCUGAGAUGUCGAAGCAAAGUCCGGGUGAUAUGGAGGGGACAGUGGGGGGGUCGAUCGAGGAUCUGUUGCCGGGGAUGGCGCUGAGUCGGGCGGGACAGGGGAAGAGGGGCUGGGAGGCGGAUGUGAGGGUGGGGGACUGGUCAAGGGUAGUCCAGGCAUAG